AUGAUCGCUGCGCACGCGCGGUGGCGCCGCCCCGGCCGGUGGCAGCGGCGGCGAAGGGGGGGGGCGCGGCCCUGCCUUCCCACAGUUGCCGUCCCGUGGCCCACAGAGCGGGAUGGUUUAGAGGAGUUUGCGGUCCGCGGGGGCCCGGAGCGGCCGGGGAGGGCUCCGGGGGCCGCUACCACCGGUCGGAUCUCUGGAUCGGGCCCCGGAGGCCGGGCCGGCCCGGGCCCUGGAGGAGGAGCGGCCAUGGCGGGGCGCUCGGGCCAGGCCGUGCUGGACGAGUUCACGGCCCCCGGGGAGAAGACGGCACUGCUGCAGGAGAACCGGGGCCGCAUCGAGGGUCUCUUCGGGGUGUCCCUCACGGUGCUGGGCCCGCCCGACGCCCCCGCGCCGCUGCCCGCGCCCGGCCGCAUCUGGUUGCAGCUUAGCGGGGCCAAGGAGGCCGUCCGCAGCGCCAAGGAGUUCAUCAAGGGAAUCUGUGAGCCUGAAUUAGAAGAGAGAGAAUGUUACCCAAAGGACAUGCACUGUAUUUUUGUUGGGGCACAGAGCCUGUUUCUUAAGAGCUUGAUCCAGGAUACAUGUGCCGAUAUGGCCAUUCUAGACAUCGGUGUGCUUAGCAUCAGAGGCGGUGCCGAGGCUGUUGUCAUGGCCAGAAGUCACAUACAGCAAUUUGUGAAGCUCUUUGAAAACAAUGAGAGUCUACCAAGUACUCAAAACGAAUCAGAGGUGAAAAGGCAGUUUAAACAGUUUGUUGAAUCCCAUGCAGAUAAAUAUACAAUGGACUUGUUGAUUUUACCCAGUUCAUUGAAGAAAGAACUCCUGAAUCUUACCCAUGGUGAAGAUCCAUAUGAAUUAGAUUAUGAUGAUAACAAUGUUAUUGGUCUUACAGAUUGUAAAACAAAAUUUACACACAAUGGCAUCCAAGAGCCGAGCAUGCCCAAUGAUGGGCAGGUUAUUAAGGAGGAAGAAAGAAAGCAAGCAGGGACCCCUGUUUCUGAGCUUACAAAACAAAUGGACACAGUUUUUUCUGGUUCCACAGAGGUUCUUUUUGUUCCUGUAAAUGGUGUGACUCCACCUGAGGAAUCUGUUUCCAAAGAGAGGAUAUGUCACAAAAGGAGGUCUUCUGAUACUGAAGAAAGACACACGAAGAAGCAGUUUUCAUUGGAAAACGUUCACGGGGGUGAGCCUUCAUCUGCUACUGAGAAAUUGACUGCAGGCACCAUGAUUAACCUGCUCUCUGAUUCCCGUAUAACCUCUGAAGAUUUAGGCAUUGAUUUAAAAGACACUACUGAGGAAAUGGAAUACAAUAUCCUAGUAAACUUUUUUAAAACUAUGGGAUACUCCCAGGAAACUGUAGAAAAAGUUAUUAAGGAGCAGGGACCAUCUACAGAACCCUUAGUACUCUUAGAGGAAAUUGAAAAGGAAAACAAAAAGUUCCAGGAAGAAAAAGAAGUCUUCCCUAGGCAUGCUUCAAUUGUGUGCCUGGAGGUCACUGAAGCCAAAAGCAAGGGUAUUUGCAAUAGUCAAAAUGAAUUUAAAAUGAAUUUUUCUCCAAAGAAGACAAAGGAUCACAUGCAGCAAAACAUAAUAGAACAAUCUCAGUCACCUCUCAGAAUAGAAGAAAAACCAGGUACCUCAAACUGCAAAAUGAAAACUGCCAGUUCAGUUCCAACAGAACCAAGAACAGAAAAUUGGAAUUCUACCCAGAGCCAUGUUCCCCACAUAGAUGUAGAAAUGGAUGGCUCUUCACCUUCUGUUUCCCCUUUAAAGAAGCUCUUAUGUGACAAGGGAAUACUUACAGAAUUGGAUUUUGUUGCCAGAGGAACUCCGAGUUACCAGCCAAGAGUACCAGUUAUUCCUGAAAAUAUUUUGUUUCCAAAAUGUGGGGUCACAGUUCCAAAGAAUAAUGUUAACCUUAUAUGUGAAAGCCAGCUAGGAUGUUGCAACCCUUCCCAAGUCACACCAAAUUGCCAGCCCUUCCCUCCGAUGCCUUUUUUUCCACCCCUUCUCCCUUCAGUUACUAACGUUAAGCUGGCAGGACCAUCCAAUCGUUGUAUUGAUUCCUCAGUUACUGGGGUUCAAAGAUUCCGAGAUACUCUAAAAACACCAUACAGGCUGGAAUUAAAAAAUGAACCAGGGAGAUCAGAUUUAAGGCACAUUGUUAUAGAUGGGAGCAAUGUUGCUAUUGCUCAUGGUCUGAACAAGUUCUUUUCCUGUCGAGGGAUUGCAAUAGCCGUUGAAUACUUUUGGAAACUUGGCAACAGAAACAUUACAGUAUUCGUCCCUCAGUGGAGAACAAGGCGUGAUCCUAACAUCACAGAGCAGCACUUCUUGACCCAGCUCCAGGACCUUGGAAUAUUAUCUUUAACCCCAGCUCGGAUGGUCUUUGGAGCAAGAAUUGCUUCUCAUGAUGACAGGUUUCUGUUGCACCUAGCUGACAAAACUGGUGGCAUAAUUGUAACCAAUGAUAACUUCAGAGAAUUUGUGACUGAAUCAGUAUCUUGGAGAGAAAUUAUUAAAAAAAGGUUGCUUCAGUAUACAUUUGUUGGGGACAUAUUUAUGGUUCCUGAUGAUCCUCUGGGAAGAAGUGGACCUAGAUUAGAGGAAUUUCUUCGUAAAGAAGUCUUCCUUGGGGAUUUUCCACCUCCACCGGGAAUUCUGCCAACUGGAGGACUGCAUGAAACUGCCUUCCGGGUCCCCAGCACCAGCCGACAACCCACACCCCCGAUUCAGGGAGUUCUUCCAAGCAACUGGAUUCCCCAGCAACCUAACCUCCCAAUCCUACAAAAUCUAGCCAAUAUUCAACCAAGCCUGACAAUUCCACCACAGAGAUCCCUGGCAGAAACCAAACAGCUGAGGGAAGCCCUCCUGAAGAUAUUCCCAGAGUCUGAGCAAAGAAUGAAAAUUGAUCAGAUCCUGACAGCACAUCCAUAUAUGAGAGACCUGAAUGCACUGUCAGCCAUGAUAUUGGAUUAAGGGUCUAUUGGGGAAAUUUGCAAUCACAACUGAUUGAUUAAACCUUCAAGUAGCAUCUGCACAUGUUGAGAAUUGAAAUAAUGUGAAGACAUCAAUUUGCCAAUAUAAACCCUAUGUGAACAAAACGAAAUCAAAUGUUUUGUGUAUAAGAAGAUCUGUUUUCAAAACUGGCUUCAUAUAUAUAUAUAUAUAUAUAUAUAUAUGUGUGUGUGUAUAUAUAUAUAUGUAUAUGUAUGUGUAUAUAUAUAGAUAUACACACAUAUAUAUAAAAUGAUGCUGCUAUUACAGACUUAAUAUUAACAUUUUCUGUAAAAGGAAAGUCUACAUUUUCUGCCUGUUCAGAACUGUUUCAUAGCAGCUUAUUCUAGUGUAUUAACGUUUUUAUGUGUUUUUUUAAACUAUUUUCCUUAAAGAUGAAAAUGUUGGCCAAAUGUGAUAUAAUUAGCCUUUGUAAAAUAAAGAGUAGCUUUCUUAAGGAAAGCAUGAUCUCUUAAAGUAUAUUUUCUUGAGGUGAACAUGUUAUGUCCACUGACAUGAAGUAUGCCCCUUAAAUAAAAAUAGGGGGUAGUUAAGCAAGAAAUGCUUUUGCCCGUUGGGGAUUUUUGUUUGUUUUGGGGCUUAGGGGCUUUUGUAGUAUUGGACAAGUAAUGCCACUAGAUGGCACCUUCUACCUUUUGGUUUUUGAUGACCAAGGGAAUUCGGGCUUCUUACGAUGCUAGAGCUGGAAAGGACCUUAGAGUUCCCUUAGUCCAACUUCCUCAUUUUAUAGAGGAGGUAAGUGAGCCCCAGUGAGGGUAAAGGACUUGUCUAAGGUCUCAAAGCUAGUUAGUGGCAGAGCUAGAACUCCUGAUUCCAGGCCAGUGCUCUUUCCACUAUGCAAUGCUACCUCCCCAAUGAACCCAUUUGACUGAAAUAAGGUCUUAGCAUUUAAAGACAGCAAUGAAAUAUGAAGGAGAAACUGAUUCACAGAGCCCCCAUUUAUGGUGGUAAACAGAUGGGGCUUUUGAUUAUGUCUUAUAUGCAGACUUUGCCAGAAAAUGGUUGGUUUGUUUGUUUUUUUAUUAUCACAAGUGACCCAAGCCAAUAAAAUAGCAUUAAUAGCUUCACAUGGGAA